UGCAGCCUUACUUGGCAAAGAUCAUGCGGAAAUUGGCGAAGAUAUUUCCCGACGAGCUACCGCCCGGCCUACCACCCGAACGACCACACGAUUACAAAAUUGAGCUGGAACCAGGAGCGCAAUCGACCGUCCGAUCGCAAUGGAGGGUGAGUCAACUGGAACUGCUGGAGCUGUGUACGCAACUGGAUUACCAGUUGGAGAAAAAAAUCAUUCGCCCAUCUACGUCACCCUACGCCGCGCUGAUCCUCUUCACCCCCAAAAAGGACGGAGGGCUUCACAUGUGUACCGACUAUCGCGCACUCAACAGCAUCACCAUCAAGUCGCGUUACUUGAUUCCACGAGCCGACGAUCUCAUUGACCAGCUUCGCGGGGCCAGGAUUUUUUCCAAGAUCGAUCUACGAGGAGGUUACCACAAGAUUCGUGUCACCGAAUCUGAUAUCCAAAUUCUGCUUUUCGAACCUCUGGAAUUCUUGGGCCACGUCAUCUCCACCGAAGACGUUAAGAUUGACUUGAAAAGAAAUGCUACUAUUCGCAACUGGGAGGCGCUCACCAACGUCAAAGAGUUGCAGAGUUUUAUGGGUUUCGUCAAUUACGUGCGCCGUUUGAUCCCUCAAAUGGCGGAGUCAAGAGCCCCGCUAACCGACUUGCUCCAGAGAGGAGCUGCGCUUGACCAACCAUUCGUUUUAGUCACAUUGCUCCUUGGGCCAGCCUCACUUAGAAGCUGCUCUUACCAGCAGUCCCGUCGCGACGCGCCUCGCUCAUCGUCGCGCUAGAGGCACCGCGAAGUCGCUGCUGGUCUUCGUGAUUCCGUAGAUUCGGCUUCAUAAGCGCAUAAGUGCACGAAUCUCCCUUACCGGCUCCGUACCUGCUGCCGUCGCCGUUCGUGGCAGGACACCUACCGGCAGAAAUCGACCGGCAUCGACCGGCAGAUUCACGGGCCCUCUAGCGCGCGUGCGAUUAGGUGCGCAGCGUCGCGAUUUGCAAAAAAAAACGAUUUCCCAUCAGUUUUGCGCAAGCCGCCACCACUGCUGUAGUAGAGGCACACGAGAAUCAGCCAUGGCUGCCUCGAGUCGCAGGACACAGGAUCUGCUGAUGGACGACAAGUGGGACCACUGCGUCGAUCUCUCGCUUCGCCGCUUCGUCUACAGCUCCCUCGCUGGCGCCGCUACUGGGCUCGUACUAUUCAGGAGCCCGACCAGUCGGUGGGCCGCUCUAGCCUUUGGCGCUGGCUGCGGCAUCGGCUCUGCCUACACCGACUGCUCUCGCAUUCUGGACGGCCACCUGCCGCAAUUCACCGCCCCUGCCGCUGCUAGAGCUGCCCCGGUUGCCCCUGCCCCUGCUGCCCCUGCUGCUGCUGCUGCUGCUGCUGCUGCUGCUGCUUCGGCUGCCGCUGGUGCAUCAGGGUCGUCGGAUCAACUGCCCCAGGAUUGAGUUGUUCAUCAGGCUGUGUUGCCCGGAGUGGAAAGCCCUCCAGCCGUGCACUGUGUAUUGUCAACCAGAGGAGAAUCCGUUUCCCAGAUUCCAUAUUUGCUGUGCUUCUGAAAAGAAAAACCAUAUUGGAAUAUCCAACCCAACCUCUCUAUGGAUGAGCAUGCCCAGCUUAUGUAGUGGUGGUACACUUCUCCCACAGGAAUCCGUAUUGUUACAAUGUUCGAAGAGACUAUCGGUAGCUUUAGUAGUCUCCCCAACCAGACCCUGAAAGGUUUUGGUUGUCACUUGGUUGGACCUCGCUUUUAGAGUUUUUGGUUCCUUCCUACCUAAGCAUAAAUAUAUCAUGCCCAAAUUCCUAGUUUUUAUG